AUGACUAAUCCUGUCAAAAGGAAAGCAAAUGGACUCAUUUGCUUAGGAGAUAUCUGUUCUAAGCUGAGGGUGUUUUUGUUUCUCCACAGUGAUGGCUGGGCUGACAGGUAUGAUGUGACAGAUGGAUAUCAGCGAGAAGCUGUUGGUGGCAUCACAAUCAAGCUCCAAUCUCCCGACGUCAAGUGGUUUGAUGAUUAUUAUCUGAAGCUCCGGCCAGAAACAAACCACCGAAACCCGUGGUUUCAAGAAUUUUGGCAGCAUCGUUUUCAGUGCCGACUGGAAGGGUUUCCACAGGAGAACAGCAAAUACAACAAGACUUGCAAUAGUUCUCUGACUCUGAAAACACAUCAUGUUCAAGAUUCCAAAAUGGGAUUUGUGAUCAACGCCAUCUAUUCGAUGGCCUAUGGGCUCCACAACAUGCAGAUGUCCCUCUGCCCAGGGGUUGCAGGACUCUGUGAUGCAAUGAAGCCAAUUGAUGGACGAAAACUUUUGGAAUCCCUGAUGAAAACCAAUUUUACUGGGGUUUCUGGAGAUAUGAUCCUAUUCGACGAGAAUGGAGACUCUCCAGGAAGGUAUGAAAUAAUGAAUUUCAAGGAAAUGGGAAAAGAUUAUUUUGAUUACAUCAAUGUUGGAAGUUGGGACAAUGGAGAAUUAAAAAUGGAUGACGAUGAAGUAUGGUCCAAGAAAAGCAACAUCAUAAGAUCUGUGUGCAGUGAACCAUGUGAGAAAGGCCAGAUCAAGGUGAUCCGAAAGGGAGAAGUCAGCUGUUGUUGGACCUGUACACCUUGUAAGGAGAAUGAGUAUGUCUUUGAUGAGUACACCUGCAAGGCAUGCCAGCUGGGGUCUUGGCCCACUGAUGAUCUCACAGGUUGUGAUUUGAUCCCAGUACAAUAUCUUCGAUGGGGUGACCCUGAACCCAUUGCAGCUGUGGUGUUUGCCUGCCUUGGCCUCCUGGCCACUCUGUUUGUUACUGCAGUCUUCAUCAUUUACCGGGAUACACCAGUAGUCAAGUCCUCAAGCAGGGAACUCUGCUACAUUAUCCUCGCUGGCAUCUGCCUAGGCUACUUAUGUACCUUCUGCCUCAUUGCAAAGCCCAAACAGAUUUACUGCUACCUUCAGCGAAUUGGCAUUGGUCUCUCCCCAGCCAUGAGCUACUCAGCCCUUGUAACAAAGACCAACCGUAUUGCAAGGAUCCUGGCUGGCAGCAAGAAGAAGAUCUGUACCAAAAAGCCUAGAUUCAUGAGUGCCUGUGCCCAGCUAGUGAUUGCUUUCAUUCUCAUAUGCAUCCAGUUGGGCAUCAUCAUUGCCCUCUUUAUAAUGGAGCCUCCUGAUAUAAUGCAUGACUAUCCAAGCAUUCGGGAAGUCUACCUGAUCUGUAACACCACCAACCUCGGAGUUGUCACUCCACUUGGAUACAAUGGAUUGUUGAUUUUGAGCUGCACCUUCUAUGCAUUCAAGACCAGAAAUGUUCCAGCUAACUUCAACGAGGCCAAGUAUAUCGCUUUCACAAUGUACACAACCUGCAUUAUAUGGCUGGCUUUUGUGCCAAUCUACUUUGGCAGCAACUACAAAAUCAUCACCAUGUGUUUCUCGGUUAGCCUCAGUGCCACAGUGGCUUUAGGCUGCAUGUUUGUGCCGAAGGUAUACAUCAUCCUGGCCAAACCAGAAAGAAAUGUGCGCAGCGCCUUCACCACAUCCACCGUGGUGCGCAUGCAUGUAGGGGAUGGCAAGUCAUCCUCCGCAGCCAGCAGAUCCAGCAGCCUAGUCAACCUGUGGAAGAGAAGGGGAUCCUCUGGGGAAACCUUAAGGUACAAAGACAGGAGACUGGCCCAGCACAAGUCGGAAAUAGAGUGUUUCACCCACAAAGGGAGUAUGGGGAAUGGUGGGAGAGCAACAAUGAGCAGCUCCAACGGAAAAUCCGUCACGUGGGCCCAGAACGAGAAGACUACCCGGGGGCAGCACCUGUGGCAGCGCCUGUCCAUCCACAUCAACAAGAAAGAGAACCCCAACCAGACGGCGGUCAUCAAGCCCUUCCCCAAGAGCACGGAGAGCCGCGGCCUGAGCGCAGGCGCGGGCGGGAGCGCAGGGGGCGUGGGGGCCGCGGGUGGUGCGGGCUGCGCAGGCGCCGGCCCCGGCCCCUGCGCCGGGCCCGAGCCUCCCGACGCCGGUCCCAAAGCGCUGUACGACGUGGCCGAGGGGGAAGAGCAGUUCCCGGCGCCGGCGCGGCCACGUUCGCCGUCGCCCAUCAGCACGCUGAGCCACCGCGCAGGCUCGGCCAGCCGUACUGAGGACGACGUGCCGUCGCUGCACUCGGAGCCCGCGGCGCGCAGCAGCUCCUCGCAGGGCUCGCUCAUGGAGCAGAUCAGCAGCGUGGUCACCCGCUUCACCGCCAACAUCAGCGAGCUCAACUCCAUGAUGCUGUCCACCGCGGCCCCCAGCCCUGGCGUGGGCGCCCCGCUCUGCUCGUCCUACCUGAUCCCCAAAGAGAUCCAGCUGCCCACGACCAUGACGACCUUCGCCGAAAUCCAGCCUCUGCCGGCCAUCGAGGUCACGGGCGGCGCGCAGCCCGCGGUGGGGGCGCAGGCGGCUGGGGACGCGGCCCGGGAGAGCCCCGUGGCCGGGCCCGAGGCUGUGGCUGGCAAGCCAGACCUGGAAGAGCUGGUGGCCCUCACCCCACCGUCCCCCUUCAGAGACUCGGUGGACUCGGGGAGCACAACCCCUAACUCGCCAGUAUCCGAGUCAGCCCUCUGUAUCCCGUCGUCUCCCAAAUAUGACACUCUUAUCAUAAGAGAUUACACUCAGAGCUCCUCGUCGUUGUGAAUGUCCCUGGAAAGCGCGCCGGUUGCGUGCGCUGAGCGGAGUGGAGCGGAGCCCCCAGUGUUCACACACACAGUGGCAAGCAUAGUCGCCUGGUUACGGCCCAGGGGGAAGAUGCCAAGUGCACCCCUUGAUGGAAACAUGAGAUCAAUAGUGCUAUCUCACGACAACCGACGACAAAUCUUUUGGCAGAUUUUCUUCUAGUGGCCUUAGAAAACGUGGGCUUUUAAGAAACACUGCUGGUAUCUUUGAGGGCUGACAAGGCGUCUGUUCCAACAGUUCCAAGUGCUUUGCUCCAGGGAAGCAGUGCGUGUGAAACAGCGUAACGGAGGUUUGAAGAGCAUAGUUAAUAAGCAACUGUAAAAAGUUUUAUUUGUUUACUUUAAUUCUUUUCCCAGAAGAGUCUUUGAUUCACCAAACAUGAAUGUACAUUUUCUAACUCAAAAUCUGGGACCAAAACAUCAACUUUUCUCCUUUUUCUUUUUGCUUUUUUCUUUCCUAUAAAGACCUUGAAAAGCAGUAACUUGGGUCCAGUAUUUACUGAGGCGUUGUGAAUGUGUCCCAUGCAUAACACAGUACUGGAAAGUGAGUGCCGCGUUACUGUACUACGUAGGGUUUCUACCAGAGACUCUCCUCUCCAAUUUGGUUGUGAAAUACUCUUCCAAAAGCCUGCAUCGGGAAUUCCACCUACUUAUUUCAGAUUCACCUCCAUUAACCAAGAAAACCAGUGGAAGAUUUCUUGACUAUUUCACCAUGUUGCCAAUCAAUACUGGAGUAGCAAAAAAAUAUUUUCUGGAAUACUGUUUUGUAAUUCCCUCACUGGGGUGCGUUGUAGCUGGAAAUUCUCUUUAUAUUGAUCAUUCUUGAGCUCCAGCCCGGCUAUCUCUUUCAAGAAAAAUGGCCACUCCUUAGGAAUGCUGUUCCAAUUGCAUUGCCAACUAAAAUAUUAAAAUACGCAUUGGGGCUUCUUCAUUCCUUUAUUUUGAGAACCUGAUGCACAAAGAGCUCCUUUGUUCUUUUUGAGUCCCAGCACUGGAAGAGUGGUCCAUAGACCCCAUGAAGACAUUGUCACAAUUUGAGAGACUGUUGUUGAAAGGAUUAACACAAUCUUAAUACACUGAAAAUUUUAAACUGUGUCAAGUCAGCUUAGUGGAGAUUUAGCUACGCCAGUGAGCAGUGAUUUUAACUAUUCUUGGCUGCUUAAACAAGGCAGCUAUGAACUAUGACAAAUGUAGAUUUUUCAAAGCAAUACAAAAUACUAAAAAAGAGGAACCUUAAUGAAUAUUAACCACACAUUCUUAGCCAUUCCAAAAAGAGGCAAAGCAAUUCUUAUUUUCUUUUUUAAAAUAAUGAUUAUUUUGUGCAUUUCAUACUGUCACUUUUUAAAACUGCAGAAAAGAGAUUUAGCGUUAUAAUAGAAACGUGUGCUUUGAUAGUCUCAAAUAGGUAGAAUUCAUAGUUCAAGACCUGAAUCCACUGUCAUCUCUUUCUUCCUCCCUUUGCAGCUAUCCUCAGGUACCAAAUGUUUUGAUUUUUAAAUACGGAUAGUAAUAAAUGGAGGAGGUGUCCUAUAAAUUUAAAGUUCAUUUGCCCCAGCCUUAUACUUAAGAUAGCCUUAUGAAAAAGAUUUGCUUUGAGGCAGAAGUAUAUUUUUGGCAGAGAGAAAAAUAAAUACAACUUUUUCUUUUAGCUCAACAUCCUUAUUUUGGUAAGUAUUUUUUUUUUUUUAAAUUUCACAUCUACUUAAAAGAAAAUAGAC